UCUUCAACAUACUAUAAAGAAUCACUCAAAAAUGAUGAAAAGGAAAUAUUACUUCCUAAAGAGAUGACCAAAAAACUUUAUGAUAAUAUUAUUGCAAUUGGCCGUAAUGAAUAUUUUGAAAAUGAAUUACUUGGAAUUGAUUUUGAAUGUGAUAUUACAUUAGAUGAUCUUAGAAAUAUAGAUGAUAGUCCUCAAAAAAUUUCAAGAAAAAUUGCUGAUUUAAUUGGUAAUAGCGAUGGAUAUUAUUAUAUCUACUUAAAUACUUACUAUUCGAAAAAAGCUGUUGAAUUGUAUAUGUUCUAA